UUUGAUAAAUUUUUGAGUUAAAAUGGACGAAGGUAUGCAUUGCAUUGAUCUUUUGUCUUUCCUCCCGGCCCCACAUGUUUAUUUCAAACACAUCAUCCACCACUCAUAUGCCUCCACCUGUUCUACCUUCCUCGGUUGCAAUUUCUUUCGACUCUUCUCGGCUGAGGAAAGACCCUUCUCUUGCCGAAUCCGUUAAUUGCUUAUUUUUUUCUUUUCCUAAAUGACACAUUGACAUAUAUGCCCCAAGGUCAUAAAUGGAACUUAAAACAAUGAAAACCAGUUAAAUACUCAUACCAGGAAACAGCCAUUUUUACACACUUCUGGGAGAAAAAAAAUGGGGUCGCGAUUCGAGGUGGAGGUGAAAAUCUCAUCAGCGAAGGAUUUGAAGAAUGUGAAUUGGCGCUACGGCCGUCUCAAGCCUUAUGCUGUUGUUUGGGUUGACCCGAAAGGGAAAUGUUCCACGAAGGUGGACGAUAAUGGUGAUACUAAUCCUUGUUGGAAUGAGAAGCUUGUAAUUCCUUUAUAUGCUCCGAUUGAAGAAUCGACUUUGUAUGUUGACGUUGUUCAUGCUAAUGCUCCUGAAGGUGUUAAGCCUCUUAUUGGAUCGGGGAAGCUUCCGCUCCGUGAUGUUGUCGAUAGCGUUGGAAUCGGCAACCUAACGGAGCGGUUGCUUGAGUUGAAGCGUCCUUCUGGUAGGCCUCAUGGGAAGGUGAAGGUAGAGGUUUGCGUCCGUGAUCCGCGCUAUCGUGCGCCGGAUCCGUAUUAUGCGGCUCCUUAUGGUGUUCCUCCCCCUGGAUCAAAGGAUUACCCGGCUCCGCCACAACCUUACGGCGGAUCAGGAUCGAGGGAUUACCCUGCUCCGCCUGCAGGAUCGAGGGAUUACCCUGCUCCGCCGCAACCUUACGGUGGCGGAUCAGGAUCAUAUGGUGCUCCGGCUUCCCCUUAUCCUUCUCCUGCUCCUGCCGCUGCUCCUUACGCCGCUCCGCCGUCUGGUUACCCGUACAGCUCGGCUCCGGCUUACGGUCAAUCACCAAAUUACGGUUCCACUCCUGCUCCGGGUUAUGGUCAACAACCAGGUUACGGUGCACCUCCUGCGCCGUACGGGCAGCAGGGUAGUUACGGACAGCCUGGUUACCCGCAAGGAAGUUACGGGUCGCAGGGUGGUUACGGGCAGCAAGGAAGUUACGGGUCACAGGAAGGUUACGGGUCGCAGAAAACAGGAUAUGGGAAUGAGCAGCAGAAGAAAAAGGGGUUCGGAGGAAUGGGGCUGGGAGCGGGAUUGGCUAUGGGUGCAGUUGCAGGGGCACUGGGUGGAUUAGCAAUAUCUGAGGGUAUUGAUCACUUUGAGAAUAGCAUUGCUGAUAAAGCAGCAGAGAAGGUUGAGGAGGAUCUCGAUGAUGAUUACGAUGAUUAAUUCUCGAAAAAUUAUCUACCGUCUUUGAUGUGAGUUUAUUUUGAUUCACAUUUUCUUGUAUACAAGAAAAAAAAAAGUUGUGAAUUUUGUGCUUUAUUUACUGUUUGUUAUUCGAUGUACAACGUUAUCCCGGAUGAAAGUUGUUGCCAUAACUUCAAUGACUAUAUUCCAUUCCCCAAGGUUCAAUUAUGCUCUAAAUUACUGGGUUUAAGAGUUUGUAUGUAAUAAGGUAAUUUUGGUGAAGAUUAGGGAAUGAACUAUAUGCAUAUUCUAUU